UUGCAUUUUGCCAAGGAAGCAUCUAUAGAUGAAUUAUCGAAAGUUGUUGCGGUUUACGAUGUUUUCACGAUUUACACAAGCAAGUUGCUUUCUUUUCUUGUUUAUGAACACUUUCUCUCACAUUCCCCCCUCCCCAUUGUUUUUUGAAACUCUACUCCAUGGUUUAACAUGUGAACGUGCUUUUUGGCCCACCAACUCACUCCCACGUUGAGACAUCAUGGGAAGAAAGCGGGCUUUUGAGGACCCAACAUACCCAGAACCUACAUUGCAUAUGCAUUUGAAAUUUCAAAAGAGGGGAAUCCUAGGUGACGACGGAACAACGAAAAUAACGCAAAAACUACGUCAGUUCGAUGUCAAACGAAAACAAUUGAAGCUGCGUGAAUUUAAGGAAAACGACUAAUGAACUGCCGAGGAGCUACUAUUCUCCGUUCGGUUUACGGUAAGUGCCUGAGAAUUCAUCUACUGACAAACAACACGUUCUCUUGAAUUUCAACUUAGGAAAGUUCAGCAGUUGUGAUUACUUUUCAAUUUUCCUCUCCAAACUUCUCCACAAAUUUCCAACCGGCCAGGAUGAAAUUAUCUGGGGAAACCCUCAAACCCAUGAAAUCAAUUACCUGACACGGCGACUUGCAGAAAAAUCAGUGGAGCUGGAAAAUACGAGUUUUUACCCCUCGCAGUGUUCUGGUGGGCUAUUGCGGGACUGAUGAAUUUUGAAGAACAGUCUUAUUUCCUUUCAAGUUGAGAUGAAAUGCGAUGAUAUCUACACUCGGCAAAGUCGGCAAACUCUAAAUUCAUUUGGGAAGAUUGGUGUCAUAGAUUCGGGUGGCUUCAAUGAGACUGCUGGAUGCACACCUGCCUUUAGUGAAGACCAAGAAGGAAAAGUCAGUGAUCGAGAUGAUCCGGGGUACUCCGCAUUCCGUGCGCGUGCAAGACUCUACCUCUUGAUGAAUUGGGAAAUCCGAGCACGGCACGGAUCACCGAGUCCAUAUGGGCAACGGGCAUGUCUCAAUUCCUAUGGUCUAGUUAUGCAAUUGAGGGUAUGA